AUGGAGGAGGCGGAGGGGCAGGUCUCGGAGCCCGAGGGACUGCAGGCGGCCUCUCAGGGGCCGCCCGAGAGCCCUUCCAGAUCCCUCAGACUCCUGAGGCCUAGCUGGACCUGCGGUUUCCUCCCGCACCUUUCCCCACCCGCGACCGCUUGGGGACCCUCUCUGUCUUCCUGUCUCCCUGCAGGCCCCGAACCGCGCCUGGGCCCGGCCUCGGGAUGGAGCCCUUGCGGAGAAGGCCGUGCCCCCGGCCUCCAAGACUUCCCGCCCGCGCCGCCCCGGGCGGUCCGCGCUCUCAAGAGCCUCCCCCGGGGCUUGGCCCUCGGCCCCUCCUUCGCCAGGGACCGGCGCCUGGGGGUCUGGUGUGUCGGAGAGCCCCUGCAGCCGGGACUGCUCUGGGGGCCGCUGGAAGAGGAGUCCGAGCAGAGGGGCGAGGGAGUGAAACCACGCCAGGAGGAGGACGUGUCACUAGGCCCGUGGGGAGACGUGUGUGCUUGUGAGCGGAGUUCAGGCUGGACCAGUUUGGUGCAGCGGGGCAGGCUGGAGGGUGAGGGAAACGUGGCCCCGGUGUGGAUCAGCGAGAGACUCCACCUGCAGGUGUCCCGGGUCGUGCUGCCAGGCUUUGAGCUGCUGCUGCGGCCCCCGCCUCCCUCUGAGGGCCUGAGGCCUGCCCAGCCCAGGCUAGAAGAAGAGGCAGCGGUGGCUGUGGUGACAGAAGUGGAGUCUGCUACACAACAGGAAGUGGCCUCGCCUGGGGAGAAUGCUACAGAACUUUGCACAGAUCCUGGUCGCCAGUCACCCCUCAGCAUCCAGGCAGAGAGUAUGGUAAGCCCUGGACUUAAGGUCCAAACCCAGGAACUUUUGAAUGAGAGCCAACCCCUUGGCCCAUUGCUUCAGGAUGGCAGCAUGGACGUGGAGGACCCGCCCCAGACACAGAUGCCACCUGAACAUCAAAGCAGCUUCGCUACCCAGAGAGUCCCAGAGGGCAGUGAGGCCAGUUCCCCAUUUUCUGCCAGGGGCGCCCAGCUGCAUGCUUUCCUGGUCAAGAAGUUACGUAGUCCCAGUGAUCAGUGCCUACCCAGAGCAAAGACCUCAGAGCCCGGGGCCCAGCAGGCUGGAGAACACCAGUGCCCCAGCUUCCCUGCACACUUGCGGAGCCCUCCUGGCCCGACAGGAAGCUCUCCGAAACAGGGUCGACGGUACCGGUGUGGGGAGUGUGGCAAGGCGUUCCUACAGCUGUGCCACCUGAAGAAGCACACAUUCGUGCACACGGGCCACAAGCCCUUCCUCUGCACUGAGUGUGGCAAGAGCUAUAGCUCAGAGGAGAGCUUCAAAGCCCACCUCCUGGGCCACCGCGGGGUGAGGCCCUUCCCCUGCCCACAGUGUGACAAGGCCUAUGGCACCCGGCGGGACCUCAAAGAGCACCAGGUGGUUCAUUCAGGUGCCCGGCCCUUUGCAUGUGACCAGUGUGGCAAGGCCUUUGCCCGCCGGCCCUCCCUGCGGCUGCAUCGCAAGACCCACCAGGUGCCAGCUGCCCCCGCCCCAUGCCCCUGCCCUGUGUGUGGGCGGCUGCUGGCCAACCAGGGCUCCCUUCGGAACCACAUGAGGCUCCACACGGGGGAAAAGCCCUUCCUAUGUCCACACUGUGGCCGGGCGUUCCGCCAGCGGGGCAACCUGCGCGGGCACUUGCGGCUGCACACAGGGGAGCGCCCAUACCGCUGCCCGCACUGUGCUGACACCUUCCCCCAGCUGCCUGAGCUGCGGCGCCAUCUCAUCUCCCACACCGGGGAGGCCCACUUGUGCCCCGUGUGUGGGAAGGCUCUCCGAGACCCACAUACGCUGCGUGCUCAUGAGCGCCUGCACUCGGGGGAGAGGCCCUUCCCGUGCCCCCAGUGUGGCCGUGCUUACACGCUGGCUACCAAGCUGAGACGCCACCUCAAAUCCCACCUCGCCGACAAACCCUACCGCUGCCCGACCUGUGGCAUGGGCUACAACUUACCCCAAAGCCUCAAGCGGCACCAGCUCAGUCACCAGCCUGGGGGAUCCUCCAGCCCAGCCUGUGUGCCUUCUGCUGCUUCUGAGCCCACUGUGGUGCUCCUGCAGACUGAGCCGGAACUGCUGGAUACAUGCAGUGAACGGGACGUCUCUGCAGCCCCAGGCGUCUUUGAGGUCACCAUUUCCGAGAGCCAGGAUAAGUGCUUUGUGGUGCCAGAGGAGCCAGGCCCCACCCCCAGCCUGGUGCUCAUCCAUAAGGACAUGGGCUUUAGCUCCUGGGCAGAAGUGGUGGAGGUGGAGACGGGCACCUGACAGCCUCGCCCUCCCCCAACAGAGCUCUAUAUAAAGACUAGUGUGUUCU